AAUCAGGCCUCUCCUGUCGACACCAUCUACAAGCCGACAUGUCUCAUCGUAAGUACGAAGAACCCCGUUCUGGAUCUCUCGCUUUCUUGCCAAAGAAGAGAGCUGCUCGACACCGUGGCAGGGUGAAGUCGUUUCCCAAGGAUGAUCCCAAAAAGCCCGUUCACCUCACGGCCAUGCUAGGCUACAAAGCUGGUAUGACCCACGUCGUUCGUGAUCUUGACCGUCCCGGUUCUAAAAUGCACAAGCGUGAGGUCGUCGAGGCCGUCACUGUUAUCGAAACUCCCCCCAUUGUCAUUGUCGGUGUUGUCGGCUACAUCGAGACUCCCCGAGGGCUUCGAUCUCUCACGACUGUCUGGGCAGAGCAUCUGUCAGACGAGCUCAAACGUCGAUUCUACAGGAACUGGUACAAAUCGAAGAAGAAGGCUUUCACUCGAUAUGCCAAGAAGCACUCGGAAAACAAUGGACAGUCUGUCGCUCGGGAAUUAGAAAGAAUAAAGAAAUACUGCACUGUCGUCCGUGUCCUUGCCCACACCCAGCUGUCCAAGACCGGUCUCGUACAGAAGAAGAGCCAUUUGGCCGAGAUUCAAGUCAACGGCGGGUCAGUCGCGGACAAAGUCGAAUUUGCUCGAUCUCACUUCGAAAAGGAGGUUGCUGUGGAGUCGAUCUUCGAGAAGGACGAGGUCAUCGAUGUCAUUGCCGUCACCAAAGGUCACGGUGUGUCAGGUGUGAUUGCCCGUUGGGGUGUCACCAAACUGCCACGCAAGACCCAUCGUGGUGCCCGCAAAGUCGCUUGUAUCGGAGCUUGGCAUCCCAGCAAAGUCAUGUUCAGCGUGGCUCGUGCUGGUCAGAGAGGCUACCACAAUCGUAGGGCUCAAAACCUCAAGAUCUACCGUGUUGGAGCCGGAAACGACCCCAAAAACGGUUCGACUGACUUUGAUAUUACACCCAAAACGAUCAACCCUCUCGGUGGCUGGACACGCUACCCGGAUAUCAAGAACGAUUUUGUCAUGGUCAAGGGAUGCACACCCGGGCCCAGAAAGAGAAUCUGCACCCUGCGCAAAUCCCUCCAGCUUCACACUUCCCGUACGCACCUCGAGCAAACCCAGCUCAAAUUUAUCGAUACUUCUUCCAACCGUGGUCACUCGGGUUAUCAGACGCCAGCGGAGAAGGCGGCGUUCAUGGGUCAGCUCAAGCUCAAGCAGGCCGCCUAGGUCAUGGAAUGAGGAAGGUUGUGGAUGUAGAGGAGAGGAGAGCUUGUACGCGACGACGAUGGAUGCACCCGAUUUCGGUCGA